AUGGCGAAGCGGACGCACGUCACCGCAGUGGGCUGGGUCGACUCCGACGAGUUUGCCGAGAUUGGUGCUGGCCGGUCUGAAGGUUGGCUCGGUGACUCUUCUCUCAUGGCAGCCAUCCAGUCCCCCUACCUUGUUCUUGCCCACCGCAACCUCGGCGUCGUCGUCGGCUGGGAUGAGGACCCGGAUUCCUCAUCGGCUGGUCGGUCGUUCAGGAUUCGGCCCGCUCUAUCCCCGUCGGAGGGGGAUAUCACGGCAGUUGAGUGGAUCGCAGUCGAUGAGUUCCUUGUUCUGGCUCUCGGUACCUCUGGGGGGUACCUCCUCCUCUACUCCAAGGAAGGUGCUCUGAUCCUCAAGCAGGUAUUCUUCUGCUUUCUGUUGAUUGGAAUCGGGAGAUGUUUACAUUCGACAUACUUGGAAUUUUCCUUUUUACUUUCAAAUAUCGAGUUAAAGGAUUUCUGUGUUGCAGAUCGUACAUCCCGGUCGUGUGCUGAGGUUAAGAUUUCGAGAGAUCGAGUCCCAGCCAUCGAGUGGGUAUUCAUCGCACGAGCUUUGUGUUGUCGUCCCCGGUGCGAUCGCGCGCUUUGAUGGCUCAGAUAUCAAGGUCUGCUCUACUCAAUUUUCCCCUUCCUCUUUGUCACCUUCGUCGUAAAACUUGGCAUUUUACGUUUCGUGGCAAUGUGGCACAGAGCUUGUUGCAGAAAUGGUUUGAUGGCACGCGACAACACGCAUGGGAAAGCAGAAUUCUGAAGGAAGAUGGACGGGCGGAUUCUUACGGGAGGAUCCCAUAUCAGCUCUGGAACGUCAGUAAAUUCGGCUUGUGCGCUGAUGCUGCGAUUACAGGGAUGAUGCCGCCUCCCUUAUUGGAACUUCCGGUGAGGAUUGGGUUCCACUGUUAUUUUUUUCCUUUUUCUCAUUUUUUGUCAGAAGAUUUAUGGAGAGUUUCAUGCACUUGAAUUCGGCUUGUUUUAUUGUUGGGCAGUCACAAGAACGUUACUAUUGUGCAGUUACAAUAGGGGAUGAUGCGGUGAUUGCGGCUUACAGGUGAGCUUGUUUAUCAUCGUUGCAUGAUUUCACAUCCUUGUUCCAUUGGUGAAUUUCUUUUCAUUGGUCCUUUUUUAGUAAUGACCUCACACUGUUGCUUCCCUUUAGACUAUCAGAGGAUAGAAGCAGGUCCUUGGUCGGAGCCAUUCUAUCGAAAAUAGUUCCUACAGCAUUUUCGACCUUAUCAUCUCUCUCCAAUAUUUUCUGGAGGAGAGAACAAGGCUCAACCAAAAAGCCUGAAGAGACGGUACAACCAUUUGCCAAGGGUCAGUGCAUAUUUAUUGUCUAACGAUGUCAUGUUCAUGAACUUGUCUAAUGGAAGUGAUUGUCCUCAUACCCGCAAUAUUUUAGAUCUAUGAUGUACCAAUUCAUAUUUAAAGUUUACAUAUUUUCUGUCUGAAUAAUGCGCAUACCUAUUUUCGAGUACAUUCAAGUUAAUUUUGCGUUAGUACCCCUUUGACAUCAGGCUUUAUACUUAACACUCGAAGCCUUUCUGACAGAUUUUAAGUUUUCUUUGGAUUCUAAGGAAACUAGAUGGGAUCUAAUCACAAAUCUGCUAGGGAUAAUACACUAUUGUGGGACUACAUGAAAUGGAUCUCUCUCAUGCCUACCGAUAAUUGAAUUUGGCAUGAUAUUUAAUAAUACGAUUUGAAUCCGCAGCGAAUGACAAAUUGUUCUCAUACAUGUCGGCCAUGCCUUGGUAGAAAAGUUACCCUCUCUCUGAUAGGCUAAGGCUUUAUGAUUGUGAUCGUUAUCAUAAUGGGUUACAUUGCCUAUAUGGUUUUGUUUAUCUUGAAGUGAACUUUUGGGCCAAAUGAAACACCCUAAGUUAAUAAGAUAUUGGUCCUUGUAUUACUAUGGCGCCCUUAGAUGGUUCUACCAGACUUGAUGUAGACAGGGUCAUUGGCUUGACCCAAUAAUUUUUUCCAAGUUUAGUUCAUUUUUUCAUGUAAAUAAUGAGACUAAAUGUAGCACGGAGCAGAAGUGCAUAGUGCAUACCACAUUCAAUGAAAAUAGCGUCCAUUGCACUUCUAGUCAGAGGAAUGUAUUGCUUGUUGAGAACUACAAAGUAUGAAGGAAAGACAGCAAUGACCGACAAUGGCUAUGUAGGUCUUCCCGACAUAUUUGCACAUCAAUCAGUACUUGGACGUGAUAAUGGAUACCUAGAACUGCUUUAGAGCUUGAAAAAUGAGAUACAUUUCUAUAGACACGCCUUCAAAGAGCUAGAUGAGACUGGAUAAUUACUUGUUCAUAUUGCAUUAUGUGCUUCCUUGUAGAUGUCAUAUGUCAUAUCUCAUUUACUUGUUUUUUGAAUUACCCUAAUAUUGGGAAUAUCUUUGUUACUAGACAGUUGCUUCGUUUGGUUCAUCCUCAAGCUACAGAAUAUAAUAUGGGCUAGUGGCAACAGAAGCUAAAUGAGAUUUUAUAAAGAACAACAUCGUUCAACAUUUUUAGUUGUCCCUUUUUUUUUUGAGAACUUGCCUAUUAUUAAAAAUAUAAGAGAAUAGAUUUAAGUCAUUUAUCUAAAUUAGCCCUUUUAUCUAAACACCGGCUAAUUCAGAUCACCCAUUGAACUAAAAAAUUUACACAGAGAUUAGGUCAAUGGAUCAGGGAUCUGAUCCUGAUUCUGCUUGCAAGUCCUCGGUCAACUUUAAUCUUCGUUAUUCAAUGUCAACGAUAUAUUGGUUUUUUUUUUUAAUAUCUUAAUCAUAUUGAGUCUUGAUUCUAAACUUUUUUAAUAUGAUGUUCCUGCUAUGGAGCUCUAAUAAUAACAAUCUUAUGAAAUUGCUUGAUUCUUCAGAUGGAUAAAGCAUGAUCUCUAUUGACAUCGAACGUUGUUAAUCAUGGACUAGGGUUUUGAAUUGAUCUCCUAGAUUAGAGAUCUGUUUCAAAUAGUUAUGCAAAUAUCUGAACAUUUUAAACAAAAGUUAUGUUUAACAUAAUUUAUAGUAUUAGACAUCAGAUAUGUUUAACGACGUAUCAAUAUGUUGUUAUAUAAUUAUAUAGAGACAUCUUUAUACAUGUUUUAUGUACAUAUAUUUUAGCGAUGUGCUUUCUUUCCAAAAUCUUUCUUCCUCGUCCUCAUUCUGGCUUUUUCAGUAAAUGAUAACUCCAAUAGGAAUGGAGAAGGGAAUGAAUGAUGGGUAGCUGAGGUUAUGGUGGGCAAAAUUAAUUAAAAUUUUACUCUUUUAUUUUUGGUUCUCCUUAUUCCAUUUAAGGUUACUAAUUCUGGAUUCAACCUCGUCCUUCUUCUUCUGCAGACAAGUCUCUUCACUUGUUCCUCCUUCAAUUGUUCUGGUGAGACAAGAGUCAUUUUAAGAGCCUAGAACAGUUGAGCCAUCCGAAACAUCUCAUUGGAAUUAAUUAAUCCGAGUGAAAUAAACCAAAUUGUUCCCUUUUUAAUAACAGUCCCAUUUUUAAUCAGGUCAGAAUUGUUCAAUUCUGCAAACCAUGGAUUCUACAGUUGUUGUUUACCUUGAGCAACACGGAAAAUGGAAUGCCAAGAGCAGAGUUAAGAUUUGCAUCUUGUUCGUUUGUUGAACUGAGUAGAAUAUUUAGUUUUAAUUCUUCAGUGUCUUUUUUAGAGAGUAGUCUUUAUGUAAGUACAUAAAACAAUUAUUUGUGACGAGGUUGAUCAUAACUUGUGACCAUGGAACGUUAUAGCCUUUUUGUGUCUCCUGUGGAUGGUGGAAGGAAAGCGUGGUUCUGAACACAGUGGAAUUUGUAUUAGCUCUGUUGACAGAAGGUUUGGAGAAAUUAGGGGAGUAGGAAAGGAAGAUAAGAAAUAUGGAUAGCUGCAAGAUCUGUCUUGCAGAACUGUGUUGAAGCUUUCUAAAAGGAUCUGAUCUCAGGCAAAGUUGUUGUUAUUCCCACACAAAAGCAGACACAAAAGAAAGUGUGGUGGGAUUCAUCUUUGUUGAGACAACUGAACUAUCUCAAAUUUUCGAAAAAAAAAUCUUCCUUGAGCUAGGAGCCUGGGAACCAUAUUCAACAUUGGCCUAGAAUUGGCAGUCCUGCUCUAAGUCAUGCAUUCGAUAAGGGCUCUCUGAAUUUAUUUUCCUCAGUGAUCUUUGUCUGAGUGCAUGGGUCUGAUACUCUUUUCUCUAACUAGUAGAACCGUUUUACUGGUACAGAAGAUUUCAGUUUUUCAGUGUCCUAGAUUUACAAAAGUUGAGACAUUCUUGCACAGGUUAAUGCACGCUUUCAUCUGUAUCAUGAUAAUUAAACCGAUCAGAUUCUAGUUUUCAAUACGAUGCUGGAAACCAAUAAUCAUGUUCACAACAACAAUAGCUGCUCCGCUCCUUUCUUUCCUGAUUAAUUUAGCAAAAUAUUAUCCAUAAAAAAAAAUCUUUGAACUUAUUUAUUGGCAGUAUAAUUUAUGGCAGCAUCACAUUUGACAUGCUUGAAGGAUCACCCCAGGAAGGGAGAGAAGCUUACGUUGUCUCCAAGUGGCACACUCGCUGCUAUAACAGAUUCCCUUGGGCGUAUUUUGCUGCUCGACACUCAGGCUCUUGUAGUCGUACGCCUAUGGAAGGUUCUCCCGGUCCUCUUGAAGAUCCACUCGCAUUUGCCCUUACAGUAUCAUACUAAAGUCUCCAAGUCUCCAGGGCUACCGGGAUGCAUGCUGCCUGUUCAUGGAAGCGUCUGUCGGAAGAGACGAAGGCUCGUCAAGCUCCUCCUGGCAUGAUGAGACGAAGAGAGACCAUUGCCUGUGUCUCGCCAUCCACGCUCCGAAAAAGGGAAUCAUUGAGGUACACUCUCUUGCUUCGUUCUAAGAAAAUCCAGCUCUCGCUACUUGUUCUUCAUCCGCUUUCGACAGUCCCAACAAACGUCUGCGGGCAUUAUCGAUUUUCUCGUAGAUAUCACGCUGAGAGAUCAGCAGCUUCUUGGGUUAUUCUCGCAGCAUGAUUUUGAUUUGAUAAUGCCAUUUGAACGGCAUCUGGACCUGCAGAUUUGGAAGAUGCGAACUGGGCCGCGCCUUCUGACAAUCCAGUGUCCCAGGGGAAGCAAGAUUCUGCAGCCGUCAGCUAGGUCUGGUUCAUCGUCGUCGGCCUACAGCCCUCUCGAAGUUUUCCUCUGGAAUGGGGACUCUGGGCAAUUGUCCUUGCUGAAUGGGUACAUAACCUGA